CAGCGAGCGAGCGAGCAGGUGCCAGCCUCCCACCAUGUCAGGGAAGCGGAAGCGUGUGGUAUUGACUAUCAAAGAUAAACUUGAUAUAAUAAAGAAACUCGAAGAUGGAGGCUCUUCCAAGCAGUUGGCGGUGAUAUAUGGGAUUGGUGAAACAACAGUUAGGGAUAUAAGAAAAAACAAGGAGAAGAUUAUAACUUACGCAAGCAGCUCCGAUUCUACAAGUCUCCUAGCUAAGAGAAAAUCUAUGAAGCCAUCCAUGUACGAGGAACUAGACAGAGCAAUGUUAGAGUGGUUCAAUCAGCAGCGAGCCAAAGGGAAUCCCGUAUCUGGAUCCAUUUGUGCCAAACGGGCAGAGUUCUUUUUCUACGCUUUGGGAAUGGAUGGUGAUUUUAACCCUUCUGCUGGUUGGUUAACCCGCUUUAAACAGCGGCACAGCAUUAGAGAGAUUAACAUUAGAAAUGAAAGAUUAAGUGGAGAUGAUAGAGCUGUGGAAGAUUUUUGUAAGAAUUUUAGAGAUUUUAUCGAACGGGAGAAUUUGCAGCCAGAACAGAUCUACAAUGCAGAUGAGACUGGACUGUUUUGGAAGUGCCUACCUUCCAGGACUUCGGUAAUUAAAGGUAAACGCACUGUUCCUGGGCACAACUCGUUUGAAGAAAGAGUCACUGUUAUGUGUUGUACCAAUGCAACAGGCUUACACAAACUUAAACUUUGCGUUGUGGGCAAAGCGAAGAAACCUCGAUCCUUCAAGUCGACUGAUACCUUAAACCUGCCUGUCUCUUAUUUUAGCCAAAAAGGUGCUUGGAUGGAUCUCUCCAUUUUCCGGCAAUGGUUCGAUAAGAUUUUUGUGCCUCAGGUUCGAGAGUACUUAAGAUCUAAAGGCUUGCAGGAAAAAGCUGUGCUCUUGCUGGAUAAUUCCCCAGCACAUCCAAAUGAAAAUGUCCUGAGGUCAGAUGAUGGCCAAAUAUUUGCAAAAUGUUUACCACCAAAUAUAGCCUCAUCGAUUCAGCCUUUGGAUCAGGGAGUCAUAGCAACUAUGAAAAGAAACUAUCGCGCAGGUCUUCUGCAGAACAAUUUGGAAGAAGGUAAUGACCUGAAAUCAUUCUGGAAAAAGCUGACUUUGUUGGAUGCACUUUAUGAAAUAGCAAUGGCAUGGAACUUAGUAAAGCCGGUUACCAUUAGCAGAGCUUGGAAACAGAUUCUUCCUUCCAUAGAGGAAAAAGAAGGUUUGGACUUUGAUGAAGAAGAUAUUUCUGGGGCUACUGUGGCCACCAUUUUACAGCAUACCAAAGGACUGGAAAAUGUGACUCCUGAAAAUAUGGAGAAGUGGCUUGAGAUUGACAGUACUGAGCCAGGUUACGAAGUAUUAACUGACAGUGAAAUUAUCAGAAGGGCCCAAGGCCAGACAGAUGAAUCCAGUGAAAACGAUGAGGAAGGAAUUGAACUGAUUCCAGAGAAACAUAUAAAUCAUGCAGCUGCUCUCCAAUGGACUGAGAAUUUGUUAGAUUAUCUAGAACAACAAGGUGAUAUGAUUCUACCUGACAGACUGGUAGUACGAAAACUUAGAGCCACCAUCAGAAAUAAACAGAAGAUGACAAACCCAAGUCAAUAGCAGCAUUUGAAUCUUAUCAUUGUUAUAAUUGUAUCUGUGUGACACUUUGAGAUGUAGCUAAAUUUUCUUAGUGUUCUACUUUGUCAAACUUAGUCCUAUGAAAUACAUAUAAAAAUGUAACUGAAGUGGUUUGAGGAUUAUGUGUCUUAUCCCCUUAUUUGUAAAAACAGAGCUACUGCUACUUAGAUAUAAGUAAGACAUACUUAUGUAUUUGCUUCUGUAAAUCAGUGAUCUAAUGGCAUAUCUAGCUUUAAAAAAUAGAUGCAGUGAGCACUUUCCUAAAUUCUUUUGCUUGCAUUGAGGGCUGCAAUAGCAAUCUUGUGCUAACCAUCUUAAGUGGUUAUCUGGUUUUUGUAUUUGUAUAGGCUGAGAAUUAAAUGACCAGGAUGGUAAAUGUUAAUUUUAAAAUGAAGUUCAAUAAUGAUGGUGGAAGUAAUCUAUGAAAUAGCUUAGAAUCAUAUUUCUGUUUUCUUACAUUUUUGUGGGUGGAAAUAUAAUUCUGGAAAUGAUUUAUAUGUAGAAAGUAAUUAUUAAAUGAGAGAAACUGGAAAGCUGAUUUAUGAGGGAUAUUUUGAUCUGUUUAUUUGGAGGAAACUGUUAAAAAUUUGGGAAGCAUUAGGUUUAUUUAUACAAAGAAAAAAAGGAUUUUUUAAAAUUUUGAGUUGGAUAACUAUAGAAUUAUUUAUUUACCUAAUUUUUCAUAAAUGUUUUUAAUUAUUACAUGCAAUGUGAACUCCCACUAAUAUUUGGGAAACAUGAAAUUUGCAAUUUAAUUUUUUUACUGAAUAUUUAGAAAUAUCUAUAACUUGAAAAUUUGUCAUACUUGGCUGAUUUUAUUUCAUGUGAAAAAAUAAAGUUUUUUAUUUUAGAUAAA